UACAGCCCUUUAAAAGGGGCAGAGCCUGCAGCGGGAUUGGUAGCUCCUAUCCUAGAGAUAGGAGUGCCCAGGGCUGCAGGUGCGGGCUUCCCAGCAGCUCAGCCAGGAGCUCAGGUCUGGUGUCAUCACCCUGAUGUCUGGAGAGGUGGCUAUGUGUGACUCUGAAUUUGGCACUGGCAAGAUGAAGGAGCUGAGCAUGGGCGGCAGAUGGCGUGUGUCCUGGUAUGAACAGUUCGUGCAGCCCUGUCUCGUAGAAUUGCUAGGGUCUGCCCUUUUCAUCUUCAUCGGGUGCCUGUCGGUCAUCGAGAACGGGAAGGAGACGGGGCUACUGCAGCCGGCGCUAGCCCAUGGGCUGGCCCUGGGGCUCAUCAUUGCUACGCUAGGGAAUAUCAGUGGUGGACACUUUAACCCUGCAGUGUCUAUGGCAGCCAUGAUUGUUGGAGGACUCCACCUGGUGAUGCUCAUUCCAUACUGGAUCUCCCAACUAUGUGGGGGAAUGAUUGGGGCUGCCUUGGCUAAGGCAGUGAGUUCUGAGGAGAGGUUCUGGAAUGCAUCUGGGGCGGCCUUUGUGACAGUCCAGGAGCAGAGUCAGGUGGCAGGGGCAGUGGGGGCAGAAAUCAUUAUGACAACGCUGCUGACCAUGGCCGUAUGCAUGGGCGCUAUCAACGAGAAGACACAGGGCCCUCUGGCCCCAUUUUCCAUCGGCUUCUCUGUCACUGUGGAUAUCCUGGCAGGGGGUGCUGUGUCUGGAGCCUGCAUGAAUCCUGCCCGUGCCUUUGGACCUGCUGUGAUGGCCAACCACUGGGACUUCCACUGGAUCUACUGGGUGGGCCCUCUGCUGGCUGGCCUGCUUGUGGGACUGCUCAUUAGGUUUUUCAUUGGAGAUGGGAAAACCCGCCUAAUCCUGAAGGGACGGUGAGGCAGAAGAGCUGGUGAGAUUACUGCUGUCCCAGUGCCCUUAGCGGAUUCAUUCUGGACUGAGGGCAGAUCAGCUUCUGCAUUUCUUGCCAGGGAAGAGCCUCAAGGGAGCAACUGAUUUGUCUCCACCAACUUGGGUCUGGCUUCUCUGAUAGACUGCUGCCAAGCCUUGAGGAUGCCCUAAGGUUUUAGAAUUUCUUUGUGCUCAUUAGAGAUCUCAGCCUGGGAAUGUGUUGCUAGCACUGCUCAGAGAGAAGUGGACACAGCAUCAAAGAAGAUUAUUUUUGAGCAGGAAGUUUCUAGAGGCAGAAGGAUGGUUGAAAGAGGUGGUUGUUCAUGUAUAUCCACUCAUUCACCAACCCCCUUUUCCCUUCUUUUGUGCUUUGAUUUUUUUGGUUGUAAAAUGGCCUUUUGCGGUCUGACCGUCUGCUGGCUUCCUUAGCUGCUCAUUUAACUUUGUAAUAAAUAAGCUUGUGUUUCUUUCCAUA